UGGACGCACUGGCCGGAAGUUGCGUGUGUGUGUAACUCCCGGUGGUUUGACAAAGGAACCGUGGAAUUGAACCCAUAUGGAUCCCAACCGGAUAAUCCAGGCUCUGAAGGGGACCAUCGACCCCAAUCUGAGGAUAGCGGCGGAGAAUGAACUCAAUCAGUCGUACAAGAUCAUCAACUUCGCCCCGACCCUGCUCCAGAUCAUCGUCUCGGAGCAGGUGGAGUUUCCUGUUCGCCAGGCAGUGCAUCCCACUGUUUGUGGAGGCCGUUCUGGAGCGUUUGAUGAGGGGGGUGAAGUCCAGCGAGCUGAGGACCAUGUGCCUGCAGGUGGUCAUUGCUGCUCUGUACUACAACCCAGCCCUGCUCAUCCACACGCUGGACAACAUGCACUUCCAGCACAACCCACAGCCCAUCACUGCCCACUUCAUCAACCAGUGGAUGAACGACACCGAGUUCUUCCUGGGGCUCCAUGACCGUAAGAUGUGUAUCAUCGGCCUGAGUGUGCUGAUGGAGCUGCCCAGCCGGCCAGCAGUGCUAGAGGGAGUCGCCGCCCAGAUCGUCCCCUCCAUCCUGCUCCUGUUCCUGAGCCUCAAACACCUCUACGCCUCCCGCCUUGUCAACAAGCCGGACCUGCUGGCCCGCGCAGGGGCCCAGGAUGAAGACCAAAACGAGGAGAUUCCCAGUGAUGAAGAUGAAGUUAACGAGAACCGCAACGCCAUGCAGGAGCAGUCCAGCAUGCCGUCAGGGCAGGGCGGCGAUGACGACGACGAAGACGAAGACGACUACUGGGAUGAUGAGGGCUUUGAGGGAACGCCGCUGGAGGAGUACAGCACACCCCUGGACUACGACAACGGGGAGGACGAGUAUCGCUUCUUCACCUCCGCCCUCCUCCGGGUCCAGAACACUGACGCUGCCUGGUACCAGUGCUUGACGGCUCCGCUCAGCGACGACCAGAAGAAACAGCUGCAGGAGAUCUACAGCAUCUCGCAGCAGAGGAGGAGCACCGCCGCCAAGGGCCAGUGAGCACUGAGGAGACAGACGGACCGCAGAACCAGAUGAGGGGGAUGAAGAAGAGAGGAGCUGGUCUGACCUGACCUGAAGUGGAUUUCAGUCUAACCUGAAUUAUCUCAGUCCAGAUCAGACCAUAUCAGACUUAAUGGAUCCCACCAAAACCAGGUCCCAGGGGUGCCAUCAGAACUGGAAGGAGUAGCAGGGGCUGGGUUGGCAUUAUAGCAGUUUGGGACCUGGUGCACUGUAAAGAGCCCCUACUGGAAUAUUCCUAUCACCAGGACAGGACCGCUGGCCUGUGUGCGUGUGCGUGCGUGUGUGAAUGUGUGUGUGCUUGUGUGUGAGAUUCCAGAGAAAGGUCUGCAUUAUAAAUAUAAAUGUCCUUGACCAGCAAAAUUUGUUAAGUUCUUGUACAGUGCAGUCCUUUGGUCUGUGACUAAGUAACUGUGUUUGCGUGUGUGUGUGUCUGAGAAACUGUAAGAAAUAAAAACACAUCAGAGUGUGUGUUUGUACGUACUGUAAACGCUUGUCUUUGUCCCUCUAUAGUUAACACUUUUUAUCAUCUCAUGAAGCGAGAGCCUAUGAGGAACAAGAAGAGCCCCAUUUCUGUCCGGGUGCCUUGUAUACAGACUGCUGAUGGAUGAGAAGGUCAGAGGUAAAAGACUUGUGGCCUUUGGCUACGACAUCACCCAUAUGAAAUGUAAAAUGGAGAAGGGAUUCCGGGAGAAGCAAUUUUUUUUGUCUUUCCGUUUGUCCCUAGAUUUUGUUUUUGUAACAGUUUUCAGAACUAAUUUAAGAAAAUCAUAAAACGUCACGUAACAUUUUUCUGA